CUGUCACCUGUCACUGUCAUUCUUAAUAAAUAAAUUAAUUCCUGUGAUUAUUCCUAAAUAAUUUAAUUACAAUUUGUUUUCUCUAAUUACUCUAAAGUAUUCAGGUUUUAAAUUAUACCUUUAUUCUCUUGGUGUGAUUAUAUCCUUCCUUGAACUAUGUGUUAAGUAUCCAGAUAUACAUAUAUCAAUGAGCUCUAACGAUAUACGUUGUUUAAAUCUCAGGUUCAAAUAGAGCUUUUUGCUUUUUGCUGCUUUUUGUAGGAUUCUGCUUUUUGUGAUCAUUUGAAUCUGCCAUAAGAGUAUUAUAUUAGCGAAAUCCGGGAAUUUUGACCACAUUCAUUUGUUUUUGAAAUAAUAUUUUAAUUAUGAGUUUCUUUGGUUUCGGUCAAUCUGCAGAAAUAGAUAUCUAUUUAGAUGGCCAAGAAACGCGAAAAACGGCAGAAGUAAAGACAGAAGAUGGUAAAAAGGAGAGGUUUCUGUUAUAUUAUGAUGGAGAAACAAUAUCUGGAAAAGUUAAUGUAAGCUUAAAAAAACCUGGCAGUAAGCUGGAACACCAGGGUAUAAAAGUUGAAUUCAUAGGACAAAUUGAGCUGUACUAUGACAGAGGCAAUCAUUACGAAUUCAGUUCAGUGGUUAAGGAGUUGGCUAGACCAGGGGAAAUGAUUGCACACACUAGUUAUCCCUUCGAGUUCAGUAAUGUAGAGAAGCCUUUUGAAGUCUAUACUGGUGGAAAUGUGCGUUUAAGAUACUUUCUUCGAGUCACUAUAGCACGUAGAUUAGCAGAUAUUGUAAAAGAAUUAGAUGUGGCAGUGCAUACCUUAUGUAGUUAUCCAGAAAUGAAUAAUUCUAUCAAAAUGGAAGUCGGUAUUGAAGACUGUUUGCAUAUAGAGUUUGAAUAUAACAAGUCCAAGUAUCAUUUAAAAGAUGUAAUUGUUGGAAAAAUCUACUUCUUAUUGGUUCGAAUAAAAAUUAAACAUAUGGAAAUUGCUAUUAUAAAGAGGGAAACAACAGGGUCUGGACCAAAUACCUUUACAGAUAAUGUUACCAUUGCUAAAUAUGAGAUUAUGGAUGGUGCACCAGUUAGAGGCGAAAGCAUUCCAAUCAGAGUAUUUUUGGCUGGUUACGAUUUAACGCCUACGAUGAGAGAUAUUAAUAAAAAAUUCUCUGUAAGGUAUUUCUUAAAUCUGGUUCUUAUGGACACUGAGGACAGAAGAUAUUUCAAACAACAGGAAAUAACUUUGUGGAGGAAAGGAGAUGUAUUAAGAAAACCGAAUUUACACUCGACUAUAAUGGCAGGUACUCAAAGCCUGGAAAACACUGCAAAUGCGUAUAAGGAAGAAAAUACUGGUGAAAACAAUCAAAACGUUGAUCAAGAAGAAGAAAACGAUGAACAGGUCAAUAAACCACUGAUUAAGGAAGAUUUUACAAGAUCCCAGUCAACUGAUAAGCUUAAUAAUGAAGUUGCCGAUCCAUUCAGUCAAGAUGUAUGAUUUAAUAGUUAAGUUAAGGUCAGUGCAAUUAUACAAUAUGAUCGAAAAAAAAACGGCGUCAGGAAUGGCUAUGAAAUGAAGAUCGCUGUAAAUUUAUAUGGGGAAUGACAUCGAUCAUUUCCAAGCCAAUUGGACGCCGUUUUUUUUUCGAUCAUACGGUAUUAUAUGUAUAGAUAAUUUGGUAUACCGGGUGCGUUUUAAAAGUUCCCCCAAAAGGCUCCGCCUAUAAUUUUUUUAUUUUGUCAGAUAAAAAAAAACGAGAUUUGUUAUGUUAGUAUAUGACAUAAAAUAGAAUUGAUUGACGUAUUCAAUUAUUGUUUUUGGUCACUUCCUGUUUUACCGGAAAUGACUACAACUUUUGAUUUUUAAAUGGCACCCUCGGUAUAUUUCUACUUUACUUUAUGAUUACUUUUUGAAUAGAAUGACAUUUCAUAUGUCAACUUUUGACAUUUUCGCAUAUGUUUUAUUUGAAAUUGUAACAUGGCGGUUCAUAACGACAACUUGACUCGAAAUACCGAGUGUAUGUUACCAAAUUAUUUGUAAAAAAAUUAUUUUUCCUAAUAUGCUAAUGAGCCAACCUCGUUCCAUUUGAAAAUAUUGAGAUAUGGUGCAUCUUUUGAAAAACAUUAAACGAUCAAAACUAUUUUUUUAUCUGAAAAAAUAAAAAAGUUAUAGGGGUGAGCCACUUUCGAGACGCACCCGAUAUAUAAAAGUGACAAAACAUUUACUGCAUUGAAGUAUAUAUAAGAAGAAUUGUUAAUAUAAUAAUAAACUGUUUCAAUACACA